UAGGUAGUGAUAGGCCGAACCGAAUAAUGAGAAUAUAAAGGGGAAUGAAAACCGAAGGAGACCACUGGAUGAAGAUAACGACUUUGAACUUGAUAAAGAACUCCCACCAGCCGUCGUCAUCGUCGACGUUCACGUCCUUCUCUUUUGGCGGGUAGGAAGAAAGAGCAAGACAAAAGCAAGCCUAGAUUAUUGCUCCAUCUCCCUGACGAUACUGUCUCUUUCCUUCUGAGAGUGAGACCUGAGCAGAUUGUGCCGGGAACGUGGGCUGGCAGACCCAUAAGAUUUUAGGAGAAAAGCGAUCAUUUCCAUAUACUGUAACUGUAUUCCUUGUUGGAUAAACUCUGUUUUAAUUUUUUAUGGGUGUGUCGACUGAUUCUUCGGAGGGAGGGAGUCAUGGAGGAGAGGGUUCUUGGAGUUCAUUGAGCUUUUUGACUAGAAGGAAGCUGGUGGAUUCUGCUCACAAAAAGACUGAGGGUCAGCUUGCCAAGGAGUUAUCUGUUCCCCAUCUGAUUGGAAUCGGUGUUGGUGCGACAAUUGGUGCUGGAGUCUACGUUCUUGUUGGAACAGUCGCUCGAGAACAUUCUGGACCCGCCUUGGCCUUUUCUUUUCUCAUAGCUGGACUAGCGGCUGCUCUUUCAGCGUUUUGCUACGCAGAGUUGGCUAGUCGUUGCCCUUCUGCUGGAAGUGCAUAUCACUAUUCAUAUAUAUGUGUAGGAGAAGGUGCUGCAUGGUUGAUUGGAUGGGCCUUGAUACUGGAAUAUACAAUUGGUGGAGCAGCUGUUGCUCGUGGCAUAUCUCCUAACAUGGCUGCAUUUUUUGGAGGUAUGGAUCAUUUGCCCUUCUUCUUAGCCCGUCAGCAUAUUCCUGGUACUGAUAUUGUUGUGGACCCAUGUGCUGCAAUUGUGGUACUUAUUAUUACUGGACUCUUGUGCGUUGGCAUCAAGGAGAGUACAACGGUACAAGGCAUAGUCACAUCAGUAAAUGUGUGCGCCUUGAUUUUUGUCAUAGUGGCUGGUGCUUACUUGGGAUUCAAGUCUGGAUGGGUUGGAUAUGAACUUCCUUCGGGUUAUUUUCCCUUUGGCGUUGAUGGAAUGCUUGCCGGUUCUGCAACAGUCUUCUUCGCAUAUAUAGGUUUUGAUUCUGUUGCCAGCACUGCUGAAGAGGUGAAAAAUCCUCAACGAGAUUUGCCACUGGGUAUUGGGGCUGCACUGUUUCUUUGUUGUGCAUUGUAUAUGAUGGUCUCCAUCGUUGUUGUUGGCUUAGUGCCUUAUUAUGCAAUCAAUCCUGACACCCCCAUAUCCUCUGCGUUUGCAAACCAUGGGAUGCAAUGGGCAGCUUACGUGAUAAAUGCUGGGGCUUUUACAGCUCUUUGUGCAUCAUUGAUGGGUGGUAUACUUCCCCAGCCCCGAAUUUUGAUGGCUAUGGCAAGGGAUGGGCUGCUGCCACCAUUUUUUUCAGACAUUAAUAAGUUCAGCCAAGUUCCCGUUAAGAGCACAGUGGCUACUGGCCUUGUAGCUGCAAUCUUGGCGUCUUUGAUGGAUGUCUCUCAACUGGCUGGGAUGGUUAGUGUGGGGACGCUUCUUGCGUUCACCACGGUUGCAGUAUCUAUAUUAAUAUUAAGAUACAUCCCUCCAGAUGAAGUCCCAUUACUGCCUUCUCUUGAGGAAUCAAGUGAUUCGGUACCAUCCAAAAGCCGUUGGAUUAGUGAUGACAGAUAUGAUAAACAUGGAGAGGCAAAUAUUUGUACCUCUGAGGACAUCAAACCUGUAGUUACCAAAGAGGAUAUGCCAAUCGACUGUCCUCUUCUUUCUCGGCAUUUUGCCAUAGGCAACUAUAUAGAUGAAAGUAAUAGGAGAAAAAUCGUUGGGUGGGUGAUAGCACUUACAUGCUUAGGGGUGUUUAUCCUCACAUAUGCAGCUUCCGAUUCAAGUAUUCUCAGAGCUGUUCGUUUCACAUUUUGUGGAGUGGGUGGCAUUCUUGUUCUUUCCGGUCUCAUAUUCCUAACCUGCAUAGAUCAAGAUGAUGCAAGACACAAUUUUGGGCACUCUGGAGGUUUCAUUUGCCCGUUGGUGCCACUGCUGCCUGUAGCUUGCAUUCUCAUCAAUUGCUACUUGCUUAUUAAUCUUGGGGCUGCCACGUGGGCUCGUGUGUCAAUAUGGCUUGCCAUAGGAGUACUUGUUUAUGUUUUCUAUGGCCGAACCCACAGUUCUCUAAGAAAUGCAGUUUAUGUCCCAGUAUCCCAUAUGGAUGAUAAGUUUCGUGCCUCCUCGAGCUGUCUAGCUUAAACCUGCACGAGAAUUUCAGCCAAACCCUCAUGAAAAAUUUCGUCUCCACGAUGUGUGUAAUUGCAAUUGCUGUACAGAAGAUGCAUCUCAAGUUUCUUAGCUUGAGUAAUCAAUAGUUUUACAUUUUAGACAAUGUCCCUAUUGUAAAUUUUACUUGGCUCAUCAUGGGGAAGGAGCCGGUGGCGUAAGCCUGUCGCUUGUGUAUUGCCGUGGGUGGGGUGAACUUGCGAGCUUGUUCAAAGUUCAAACAGCUAAAGGGGUAUUUGAAUAGAAAUCUAAUUAUGAUUUCAGAAGCGAUUAUGUGGAAAAAAAAAUUGUCUCAAUUUGUGUAAAAGUAUUUUUUUUAAUUCCAAAUACCCCUUAAAUAUAAUUUGUAAAUUCAAAUUGGGUUCCACUCUUCAGGAACUAAUGAGACAUCUCUGUGUUCUCUCUCUGUUCAAA